AUGGCGGCCGUGAUGGAGAUCUUGGAAGCUGGCUCAAUGGGCAUUCUCGAAAGUCCUACGGGCACAGGGAAGACGUUGUCUUUGCUGUGUCCCGCUCUGUCGUUUGCACGGCGCCACGAGAAGAGCCUUCUGGUCCAGCAACUGAUGCCCAGUGGGUUGGAGGACUGUGAAGCCUGGGCGCAGGAACACCAUCGCCUCGCGGCACAGCGCUCUGCCGACUUGACUUUGCAGCGUCGCCGACAGAGCCGGCAGCAGCGUCGGGACCGUGCGCGGCGGGCAGUGGCAGUGGCACCCGACGGCAAGCAGCGGGACAAGAUGCGCAGGCUCGCCGCGCCUUUACAUGCCCAAGCGCAGCUUCUUGAUGCUGCCUUUGACUCCGAGCUAUCUUUGGAGGCGCCUUUGCGGCUGCCCCAGCCAGAGCUUCCAACGACAAGGCCGUUGGCAACAUCAGAGAGCAGCCGUCAGGAGGCUUACAAGAACAAGCUUCAGAUCAUCUUCUGCAGCCGUACUCAUUCUCAGCUUGCGCAGGUCUUGAGAGAGAUCAAGCGAAUUCCGGAGCAUGCCAUCCCCGAAGAUCUUUCUGUCGUGACCCUUGGCUCAAGGUCCUCCCUGUGCGUGAACGAUCGAGUUCGAUCUUGUGCGAAAGGC